AUGAAUGAGAAGGACAAAUAUAAAAAGGAAAAGAAGCCCUCCACGAUGUGUUCCAACCCACUUCAGCGAGGCAUCCAGCAAUUCUUGCGGGACUAUAACUCCAAUGGUCCUACAGCUUCAACAGUCAUAUCUGGACUUCCGAAACGAUUUACAAUCUACCAGCCAAUGCUAUUGCUCCCUUUAAAUGUCUUUACCGCAUCUCAAGCAUGGGCGGAAUGCUAUGCAUCUCUAUCAGAAACAAAUCGCCAGAAACUAUAUGCAUCAAUCGCCAAAUCAUUCGACCACAAGGGGCAAACUAUAACACAUAUCGCCAUGAAUGCGCCUAUACAAUUAACCACUUCUCAAGGAAGCGAAAAUUUAAUGCGAAGCCCUAAUGGCUUAGUACCAUUAUAUGGUAAUUUCGGAGAAUUGCGAGAUUACGAAUACAAACCCAGUCAACAAGACUUUGAAAAGGCGUUUUGGUACUGGGCUCCACUCUAUACGAUGUUUUCAAAGGGUAAUAUCACAGAAAAGGCUCGUAUAUUGGGUCUUGAAGGACGGUUUACGGGUCUGGAUGAGUCUUCGUUAAAAGGACAGAGAAUAGAGGAUGUCGGUGUCAUCGACCUCUAUGCUGGAAUAGGGUAUUUUGUAUUUUCGUACUUGAAACGAGGUGUCAAGCGAGUAUGGGGCUGGGAACUAAAUGCAUGGUCCGUCGAGGGUCUGCGGCGAGGCUGUCUCGAGAAUGGGUGGAAUUGCAAGGUCGUUCCUCUUUCGCAGGGUGAGGAUGAAAGUCUACCCUCUGGGCUGGACGAUGGCAACCUUGAGAACCUCCUGGAUGAACUCACGGACGAUGUCCGUAUUGUCAUAUUUCAAGGUGAUAAUCAAUCUGCUCCAGCGAUCAUGGAGAGAAUACAACCUGAGCUGAAGAAAAGAGGACACUGGGCUCCGGUUAGACAUGUCAAUUUGGGCUUACUACCUACGUCUCGGCCUACAUGGGACCCUUCACUCAGGCUUUUGGAUAGGAAACAUGGCGGCUGGACCCAUGUACAUGAGAAUGUGGAUGUUACUGAAAUUGAGAAGAAGAGGGACGAAAUCGUAGCUGAGUAUGUUAAUUUGGCUGGGCGAUUGAACGGUAUCGACCGCCAAAGCUUAUCGAUUUGUUGUGACCAUGUGGAAGAGGUCAAGACGUAUGCCCCUGGCGUCAUGCACUGUGUUUUCGAUAUUCAGGUCGACUUCGAACAGUGA